ACCAAAAUAGAAAGUACUCUGUGGUGCGGACGGUAGCGGUGCGAUUCAGCGGUGUUUCGUAUUGUGCGUCCACGUGUUCUUUAUAAACAUUAACAUUUUUGACUAGAAAUACCUCAUUUCCGAAACCGAUAACAUGGGUAAAGUUAAAAAAGAACCUGUAGAACAAGAGGAAGUCGCAGGCGCAGGUGAUGUUUCAAUAAAAACCGAACCGCAGAGCUAUGAUGACAAAGUGGACCACUGUAGUGUGAUAGCGAAGCCAAUGGCACCAAAGAAACUUAGCAAAAAGAUCUAUAAACUUAUCAAGAAGUCAAGCAGUCAUAAAAACAUCAGAAAUGGACUGAAAAUUGUUCAAAAGCAGCUCCGACUUGGUGAAAAAGGCAUUGUAGUGUUUGCUGGAGACAUAUCUCCUAUAGAGAUCAUGUGCCACUUACCAGCAGUGUGUGAAGAAAAAGAUGUCCCAUACUGCUACACACCAAGCCGUAAAGACAUCGGGGCGGCUAUGGGCACCAUGAGGGGUUGUAUCAUGGUGCUUGUGAAAGAACAUGAUGACUAUAAAGACUUGUAUGAUGAGGUCAGAAGUGAGAUCAAAUUGUUGGGACACCCUCUUUAGUCUACUUUUAUGGUAAAAUUAUAUGUGAAAUAUUUUUUAUAAAAAAUAGAAAAGUAUACAGAACUCUGAAUACUUUUUUCUUUGUUAAUAGGACAUCAAAAAUGCUAAUGACUUAUUACUUAUAUAAAAAAACAGCCAUCAACUAUGUAGUACACCUAUUUUAAAAAGAGUUCUUAUAUUUUUUAUUAACAACACUCUGAAAACGCAGUUUUUUGGGCUCCUUGAUUUAUAAAUUUAUAUUUGCAUUUUGAAAUUUUAAUCAGGAUGCCUUUCUAAUUAUUUGUUUUAGCAUUUAUAAAGAUUUUUGAUUUACUGAAUAAUGUAGUACAUUAAAAUAUUUAAUAUUCCUCAAGAUAAUAAGCCGUAGUAUUCAACAAAAAUUCAAAUGCUGUGUUUUAAGAUUUAACUUCACUGGUGUAGGCUCACUUAGAAUAUGGCAUCUUAUUGAUAAGCAGAUAAACAAAAUUAUUAUCUUUAUGACGUCAGUGACAGUGUAAAGCUAGCCUUAACUUUAUUUCCUGUAUAACAUUCUGUUAUUUAAUAAAUAAGUUACUUAUAAGCUA